AUAAAAAUGGCAUCAGUAAAAACAAUGGGUCUCCUCUGUGUACUAGGAGGAGUUAUCAUGCACUUGUAUCUUGGAUGCUUCUACCUCUGGGGUAAUAUUCAAGUCUAUAUUACUUCUUAUUUGCACAAGCAUGAUCCGAGCAUUAGUCUUGAUGAUACAGGUAUAGUUUUUGUGAUUCAAACUGUUGCUCAAGCUUUCUGAAUGCCAAUAGCACCUGCAAUGAUUCAAUAUCUUCCUCCAUGGUGCACAUGACUUAUUGGAGGAAUUAUUGGAAUUGGAGGAGUUUUCGCAUCCUCUUUUGUAUCAAAUUUUUAUGCAUUUGUUGUUUUAUAUCCUAUUCUUUUCGGAGUGGCCAUUGGAUUCUCCUACAUGGCUCCAGUUAUUUGCGGAUGGGAGUUCUUUCCAAAAUGGAAAGGAGCUGUUAGUGGAGUCAUAGUUGCUGGCUUUGGAUUUGGCUCCUUCAUAUUUGGAUUCAUAUCAAUAGCCAUUGCAAAUCCUGAUGGAGAAAAACCUGAUCAUCCAGUACCAGGAGGAAAGAUUUUUUCACCAACAAGCCCAGUCUCUUCUAACGCCCCAAAAAUGAUCAGAAUCAAUGCUGCAAUCUGGGCUGGUCUUUUAUUCAUUUCAUUGUUUAUGAUGAAUAAAAAGAAAAAGGCACAGGUCCCUCAUGGAAUACUUGAUACUCCUUCCGAUAGUGAAAGGAAAAUCAAUAGAAGUGAUGACCCUCGUCUUACCCAGACUUCAAGAAGAGGACAAAAUAAUAUAGAAAUCUAUGAGCCUCAUUUAUCCGAAGCCUUUAGAGAUUAUAGACUUUACUACAUUUGGGUAUUAAUACUCCUUUCUUCAAGUUAUCCAUACUUUAUUGCAGCAAAUUUCAAAACUUAUGAAGAAAUCGAUCUUCAUGAUGAUAGAUUCAUUACCCUAGUUGGUUCUCUUGGGGCUGUCACUAAUGGAUUAUCCAGAGGAGUCUGGGCUACACUUCAAGAUCUAUUCGGAUUCAAAAUUGUAUUCAUGUGACUCUUAACUCUUGAAAUAAUAGUCUCCUUCUCUUUUGUAGCAAUUCACAAAAUUAAAGUCUUGUAUCUCAUAUGGGUCUUGGUUUCUUUUUCAACCCUCGGAGGUCACUUUUCGAUGAUCCCAACACUUUGAGCAAAGAUAUUUGGUCCAAACACUGGAGGAAAAGCGUUCUCAUUCAUCUUCACAGGAUUUGCUGGGGCUACACUGAUGGGCUGGGCAUUAUCAAAGCUCACUAGUAAUGGCAAAAUAAGCUAUGAUAUUCUUUUCUACAUCCUUGGCUCAUUAAGUGUCAUUUCACUAAUAAUGGUCUUCUUUUUGAAAGAUCACACCAAAGUCCGAACUCAAACUACUUCAUUUAAAGAUAGCAAGUAUUCGCAAGGAGGUGAAGACCACAAAGAACUAUUAGGUUAGAACAAGAUCCUCAGAAAUUAUAUCGAUUACUAGUAUUAAUUCA